UGCGUUCUGAUUUCGUGUGAUGCUGCUAUUCUUUUAGAUUCAUCGACAGGGCAUCUUUGGAAUAGCACUCUUGAAGACAACUUGGGUACUGACUAUGUUCUGGUGGACUUCCUAAACGAAUUCCUUGGUCUCCCAACGUUUGCAGAAACCAUUCAGUUCAAUGCGCAAAGUGGGGCUUUUGAGGUGGUGAGCGAUGCAGAAGAAUCUGUCCACAGCCGCAUUCGGGUGGCGUUGCGUGAAUAUGAAUACAAAAUUCUCACUGGCUCGCCGUGGCUCACCGCAGUCCCAAUGUUUGACAACUCUUACACAGUUUUGUGUUUGGACAGAGAACAAGGCAUGCAGUGGGUUAAGAAAUCAAGACUACCCUUGUUCUUACAAAGUGACUUCUACUUUGAAUACAGGUUGGUGAAGCUCCUUUCCCAGUUGGAGUGUCCAAGUUUGAGAGUGGGUGAUGCUGACUCCUCCUCAGUGUCCUGCACCGUCUAUCCGCACCCCCCUGCUUGCUGCACACCACCACACUCUCUUCACAAGCAGGGCACGCUGUCUUUCAUCAGGGAGGAGGAGAAGGAAAAGCCGUCUGACUCUACUCAACAGCUCUUGGAUGGCAAGGGGAAACCUGAGGAUGCCAUGGGAGUGGAGGCUGAUGCGGCCGGGGCUGGAGGCUGUUUGUACAUGACUGAAUCAGAGGAGCAGGAGGAGGAAGUCGUCCCAUGCUCAUGCCCAUCACUGCCCUCGCCAACGGGCUCCACCACAGCCACCACCGAUGCCAUGGAGGGACAUCUCAUCGACAGCUUGGUUCAGCAGGUGGCCGUGUCUGAGCUGGAGGCAGGCAGCAUUGUCAGUGCUGCUGUGUCCUCAGGAAACAGCCCUCAGGCUCAGCAGGAGUCCGGGGUUAUAGAGGAGCCCAUGUCACCCUCAGAAUGGGCAAGAGCUGAAAUGGAUGCUUUUAAUUACCACUGCAGCCCAGGCAAGGCCAAGGACAAACAUUCCCUGGAGGCCUUUAAGGGUUUUUUACAGGGCACCCCUGGGGAGAAGGUCCUGCGUCUGUGGAUGGACAUCGAGAGACUGAGGACCCUGCAGAACCCACAGAGCAAAUCCAGGCACUUGCUAAAGAUGCGUAAUCAGUAUAUGCUGAGCAAUGGUCCCCAAGCUCUCAGCACAGAGCUUCUGUCUAGACUUGGCCUUGCUAGUGCCACCUGCUGGACGGAUAAUAAACUGCUUGGUGUCCAGGCCCAUCUAACUGAGGAGCUGCUUACAUACUGGGGCCCACUGUUUUGCAUGGUGAGGUCUGCCAGUGACAGAGGAGGCCUGAUUGAGCCCCAACAGCAGCAGAGGUGGCAGAGACCCCACCACAGACCCCACCAUCUGCAUUCAUCUUAUGACGGAGAUCUCCAUGCCCACUACAUCAGCAGGCCUCUGCCUGUGUGGCGUUCACGGCCACUGUCAGGCAACAGCACCCCCGGAGGCCUGGAGAGUAUGCGCAUGGAGAGGAUGAUGCAGGCGUUACGGGUGGAGCCCAGAGCAGGCUACUACUUCACCCGCUUCUGUGAGCUGUCAGGCAACAAGCUGUGGGAGAGUGCCAUCCAUUUCUGGCUGGACCUUCAGGACUACCAGGAGACCUUCCACCAGGCUGCUCUGGACCCUUACAGAGCCCAGAAGAAGGCCCAGGUGCUCUACUCUACCUACCUAUCCAGUGUGUCUCAGCAGAGCAUUGGCGUGAGUGAGGGGUGCAGGAGGGGGGUGUUUGCCCGUUUGACUCCCCCGUUUGAGGAGCUCUUUGACGGGGCAGAGGAGCACGUCCUCUCCCUUCUCCUUGAGCCCUGGACCCUCCUCACCUCCCAGGACUCACACAUCUAUGAACAGGUUGAGCUGUGGGAGGAAAGCCGCCAUGUUGAGACGGAGGACUACAGGCAGCUCCAAGCCCUCCACACAGACACCGCACAGAGGAUGGAACAACUGGCCAGGGAGCGCAAGACUGCUCCUCCGCCACCAGAGGUCCCCAGAGAACCAGACUUGUGGACGCAGGUUCCGGAACAGUUUCGAGGGUUCCGUCUGCUGUCUGUACUCCGCAACCGUGCCGAGCUGCAGCACUUUCAGGCCUUCCUAGAGGAACACUCUGCCAGCAUGGACCUGCUGUGCUGGCUGGACCUGGAGCAGCUGAGGAGGACGUCCAGUCAUCAGCGAGACCAGAAGCUGCAGCUCUCCCGCAGCAUCAAGACCAAGUACCUGAACAAGAAGUACUUCUUUGGGCCCAGCAGCCCCGCCACCAAACACCAACAGGAGGAGAUCAUGCGUCUGGCUGGUGGCUUGGGCCAGCUUCUGCAGAGCGGCCUAUCAGACGCGGCACUGACGGAGAUGCAGAAUGUGGUGAGGGGCCGCCUGGAGAGGAAAUGGCUGCCAGUGUACCUGGCUACUCCUGACUUCGCAGAGCGACAGAAACUCCAGCCCCAGGUGCAGGAGCAGAGGAGAAGAUACCGCAGGAGGAAACAGAAGUGGAAGCCGCCUCAGCAUAUGGAGGGGUCCUGGAUGGCGUCGUCCAGGGAGAUGCUGGCCUUCCGCCAGGCCCUCCUCAACCCCGUCACCUGCCUACAGUUCCAGCGCUUCGCAGGCCUGAAGGGAGAGCUAUAUGAGAAUGAUGUGCUCUUCUGGCUGGAAGUGCAGCGAUACAAGGACCUGUUCCACUCCCACUGCGAGGAGGCCACCAUCCAGCACAAGAUCAGCACCAUCAUCAGCUGCUUCAUCAGCUCCACUGUGCCCCCCGCCCUGCAGAUCAGCAUCCCCCCCGAGCAGGCAAACACCAUCCUGGACCGCAGGAGGGAGCUGGGGCCCUACGUCUUCAGGGAGGCCCAGAUGUCUGUGUUCGGGGAGCUGUUUAAGCUGUGGCCUCAGUUCCUGGAGUUGAAGAGCAGCGUGGGAGCGGAGGAGGACCUGCUGCCCCUGCUGGAGAAGAAGAGGAGGAGGCAGAAGGAGAGAGAGAUGCAGCGCAGGAGGGAGGAAGAGGAGGAGGAGGAGAGGAAGGCACAGGAGAUGCUGCGGGCCCAGCAGCUGGAGGAGGCAGGCAGUGAGGGGGAGGAGCUGGAUGAGGACGGAGAGAACCGCAAGGUGCCACAGGUGGAGGUACUCUUCCACACAGAUCAGUUGUCCUGGUCCUACUCCAAGUACAUGGCAGCGCUGGAGAGGGAGUCUGUGCUCCUGCACAAGCAGAUGAUGCAGGAACAGGCCUGCGCCUCCUUCAGCACUGGAAGAGAUUCUGUAUCCACCGCCAGCCUGCGGUCAGAGGUGUUGAGGAGAGCUCCGUGGCCCAACAGCACCUCCAAAACCAGCAUACAGCCAUCAGACACAACAGGUUGCUGAGUGCCCCUGUGAAGAGUGAAGCCGAAGAGGAGGCGAGGGAACCUGCAGCCUCAAAGCUGGUGACUCAGCGCUGAGCAGGCUCACUCUCACACCCCCUCUUGUGGUGACUAGUGGCAGCUCAGCUUAGGUUGCAUGCUUUCCCGUUCCCGAAUCACUUUCACACUCUGUCCAGGAUUGUGUUGGCCACCUAGUGCCUCUGCUCCUUCAUUUGAUUACAGCUGCGAAAUGAAACUCGCAAAGGAAUCAGGCAAGGAUUUUGUGGGUAUAUGUUGUGACAAUUAAGGUAUACAAUAGUGAUUAUUGUGGAAACCCUUGUACCGGUAAAUAGUUGGGAGUUUUUUUGGGGGAAGGUAGUAGUCGUGAAAGUAGUGAAAUUGCAAUGAAUUUCAGGGGACAUCACUGGCUGAAUUUAUAAUGAAAGAUUUAAUCAAAAUAUCACCCAAUCCUGGAGAAUCUUC